AUGCGGUUAAUACCACUCGUUCUUAUAUUGUUCUGUGACGCAAUUUUAUGGGGCCAUCAAAAAGGAUACUACUGCUUCCAUUUAAUUCCCAAGCAAGGAAACCUUUUUUUUCGAAGAUUUAGCACGUCCUGUAAAUACCUGGGCAAAAAGAAAAUUGAUCGCCAGAAAUGUGAAAAUGGAAGGGUGAAACACCAACAAAACAAAAUACACCUUUCUGCUAACAAUGAUGUAAGCCUGGGGAAGAAAUACAAAUCUGGCGAGCACUUAAAGGAGCAGGAAAGAAAUGCCGUGAAGGACAUCCAAGGAGUAUGGAAGUUUUACUUCCCCGUAUUUAUAAUGGACACAGAGUUUGAAGCGGCAAAGGGGGAGUCCUUCGAAAGUGAGAAGAUGGGGAAGGCAGCCGAGUUGGGCAGGGUCAGCGAUUUCGACGGUCCCGACAAUUUGGAUGAAGUGGACGAAUUGGACGCAGCAAACCAGUCGGAAGAUUUCAGGACGGAGGAAGAAGGAUGGAGCAAAAUGGAGAACUCCACAAAUGAAGACGCAUCAGAUGGUACAUCCGAUGACACAUCCGAUGACACAUCCGAUGACACAUCCGAUGACACAUCCGAUGACGAAUAUUUGAAUCUACUGAGAGGGGAACGGAUGCAGCCGCUACCCAUGUUUGUGUAUAACUAUGAAAAUAUCGUGUCGGCCUCCUCGUCGACGCGUGCCUAUUGGUCUAACAAAUUUUUGCAAAAGAAUAUUUUCGAAUGCACAUUAAAGUUUGUUAACAAAAUGAAUAGUAAAUAUAUGGUCAUCUUGCAAGGGUAUUUAUUUGUGUCUAAAAUAAACGCUCUGAAUGACAGGAACAUUCGUUUGAUGCCAUGCCAAAUAUUUGGGAAUUUAUUUCUAGCAAAUAAUGACAAUUUAGAAGAAGUUUCGUUAAUCCCACCAAAUAUGAAAGUGUACGAUAUGCAUGGGAACCAAGUUAAGGACAUACUAUCCAUUUUGGAAAAAAAAAUACCAGGGUUUCGGAAAGAUAAAAAAAAAAUCGAUUCCUUUUUGGGGUUAAAAAAAUGGAAAUUCUUAGGCGUUUCAACAGCUUAUAAAGUGGUAGGGGAGGGUAAAAAUAUGUUUAAUAUUAAUCACUUUUUAACAGGGAAAGAUGAAAGCGUUUUUUAUAAUGUCAUGAACUUUGACGCGGUGAAUACAAAUUAUGACAAAAAAGGGUCUGUCCACUUGGCAGAAAUUUUUAAUUCCUAUUUUGAAAGGCCCCCCGCGGAUGUCCUCUCCUUGAUUAAGAAAAACCUCGAGGAAAAGUCCAUUAACGGCCCCUUUUAA